ACCCAAGUCACAAUGCCUCUAUAUAAACUCCCCUUACUCCAUCCAUUUCUGCUCACAAAUCAACAUUCCAAGGCCAAUGAAAUAUCCUUUUGCAUUCUCUUGCUAAAAAUACCUUGAACAAAAUAAAACUAUACUAAUAAAUUUUCCUCAAUGUCGACUGCCAUUGACAAGCGUGGACCUUACACUGCCCUUGAUCAAUACGGCGUCGUUCACACCUUUAAUACAAAUCCGAAAACUCCACUACUAUUUGAUUACUCAAACGAAGAUGAAAAUAAUAAGUAUUUGAAAUUGAUGAAAGACAUAAUUUUAAAAGGAAAAUCCGAAGUAGAACCCUCAGUGUUAGAUCCUCGCGAUGAAGGAACUUCAGAUCACUGGAUCCAACGAAACGCAUCCUUAUUGCGUCUCACUGGAAAACACCCUUUCAACUCAGAGCCACCACUACAAACCCUCAUGCACCACGGUUUCAUAACCCCCGCUCAACUCCACUACGUUCGCAAUCACGGACCCGUUCCCAAGGCCCAAUGGGACGAUUGGACCGUCGAAGUAACGGGUCUCGUCAAACACCCGACCCAAUUCACAAUGGACCAACUAAUCCACGACUUCCCCAGCCGCGAAUUCCCUGUUACGCUCGUUUGUUCCGGAAAUCGCCGCAAGGAACAUAAUAUGGUGAAACAGACUAUUGGCUUUAACUGGGGCCCAUCUGCCACGUCAACUUCCUUGUGGCGCGGUGUACCGUUGAGGAAAGUGCUCAAGCGCUGUGGAAUCUUUAACCGUAACAGUGGGGCCCUCUUUGUUUGCUUCGAAGGCGCUGAAGAACUGCCAGGUGGCGGUGGAUCUAAAUACGGAACCAGUAUCAUGAGCGAGGUUGCACUUGAUCGCACCCGCGAUAUCAUUCUUGCUUAUUUGCAAAACGGUGAAGUUUUAGCUCCUGAUCAUGGUUAUCCUGUACGAGUGAUUGUACCUGGUUUCACUGCAGGACGCAUGGUGAAAUGGUUGAAGCGAAUUAUUGUGACAACCAAAGAAUCUGAUAGCUAUUAUCAUUAUCAUGAUAACAGAACACUUCCCUCUCAUGUUGAUGCUGAGCUUGCCAAUGCAGAAGCGUGGUUCUACAAGCCGGAGUAUAUUAUCUACGAGUUGAACAUAAACUCCCUAAUAACCACGCCGUGCCAUGGUGAGAUAUUGCCCGUUAACUCAAACACUAUUCAGAGGCCUUAUAUACUAAGAGGCUAUGCAUAUUCGGGGGGUGGGAGAAAGGUGACAAGAGUUGAGGUGACGAUGGACGGAGGUGAAACUUGGCGGGUAUGCAGAUUGGAGCAUACAGAGAAACCGAACAAAUACGGUAAGCACUGGUGUUGGUGCUUCUGGUCGUUGGAGGUUGAAGUUUUAGACUUGUUUGGAGCAAAAGAAAUUGCGGUGCGUGCGUGGGAUCUUGCUCUCAACACCCAGCCAGAGAAUCUCAAUUGGAAUCUUAUGGGCAUGAUGAACAACUGUUGGUUCAGAGUGAAAACAAACGUGUACAAACCUCAAAAGGGAGAGAUUGGCAUAAUGUUUGAGCACCCAACCCAACCAGGAAACCAAUCUGGUGGUUGGAUGGUCAAACAAAAAGAACAACCACUCCCAACCCCCAACAACAAUAUUAUUGUUUCUUCCUCACACCACACUACAACCUCAAAAAUAUACACCAUGUCUGAGGUGAAAAAACAUAACAACUCCGAAUCAGCUUGGAUUGUCGUUAACGGUCACAUCUACGAUUGCACCACCUACCUCAAAGACCAUCCUGGGGGUGUCGAUAGCAUUCUUAUCAACGCUGGCACUGAUUGUACAGAGGAAUUUGAAGCCAUCCAUUCUGAUAAAGCAAAGAAAAUGCUUAACGAUUACUUAAUCGGAGAGCUUCUUGUAACUGCCGACAUCAAUAACAAUAAUAGUGACGUCAUCAAGGAAGUUACAAAAAUUCAUAAUAAUAAUAUGGCUCUAAUUAACCCACGUGAGAAAAUUCCAUGUAAGCUAGUGUCAAAAAAAUCAAUCUCUCACAAUGUUAGAAUCUUCCGUUUUGCUUUACCUUAUGAGGACCAACUCUUGGGUUUACCAACUGGGAAGCACUUAUAUGUAUGUGCCACUAUUGAUGAGAAGCUUUGCAUGCGAGCUUUUACACCAACGAGCGGUGUAGAUGAAGUUGGAUAUUUUGAUCUAGUGGUUAAGAUUUAUUUCAAAGGGGUGCAUCCUAAGUUCCCUAACGGUGGAUUAAUGUCUCAACAUUUAGAUUCGUUGCCUAUUGGUUCGAGUUUGGAUUUUAAGGGCCCAUUGGGCCACAUAGAGUAUAUUGGUAAAGGAAAUUUUAUGGUUAGUGGGAAAAACAAAUUUGCAAAGAGGUUAGUUAUGUUGGCUGGUGGGACCGGGAUAACACCUAUUUACCAAGUGGUUCAAGCGAUUUUAAAAGAUGAAGAGGAUUUGACUGAAAUGUAUGUUGUGUAUGCUAAUAAAACUGAGGAUGAUAUAUUGUUGAGGGAAGAUCUUGAUGUGUGGGCUAAGAAGUAUGAAAGGUUCAAAGUGUGGUAUGUGGUGCAAGAAAGUAAAAGAGAAGGGUGGGAAUAUAGUGUGGGGUUCAUCACGGAAAGUAUGUUGAAGAAACAUGUUCCAGAAGCAUCGGUUGAUACGCUGGCAUUGGCAUGUGGCCCACCACCUAUGAUUCAGUUUGGGGUGAAGUUCAAUUUGGAGAAGUUAGGAUAUGAUAUCAAGAACAACUUGCUUUUGUUUUAGGGAUAUAGGUUCUAUAUAUGUAUACUUUAUUUGCGUACAUGAUUAAAUAAUUGUUUCAUUCCUAUGUAUUGUACUAUACUAAUAAUACACUCACGUCACUUUUUGUCUAUUCACAUGAA